AGCAAGGCAAGGGAGGAUAGCCAGCCAGCUGCUGGGGAAACUGGGGGGCCGGGGAGGGGAGCGCCUCUGCUCCUUCCCCCUUUGAGGCAGCGACCCAGGUGUUCUGGCUUCUCCUUACGCACCAGCUGUUGCAAAUCUUGCCACCUAUGCUUCAACACUGUCCCACCUGCAUGGGAUCUCCCCACUGGAUACUUGGACAAGGGGACCCAUCCUGCCCAGGACACUUUGCUCAUCCUCUAUGAACUGGACCGGAGCUGCUCCCUGCUCGGAAACAGCAGAGGCGAGCCUUAAAGGGAGCAACUGAACACCUGCUCCACAGCACACCCGCUUGUCUUCUCUUCUUUCCUUCCCCGUGUUCACAGUAGCAGGAAGUCCGUCUGUCUGCAUGUCUGCCUGCUAAUAUGUCAACCAUCAGUCCUGAAUAUGAUUACUUGUUUAAACUCCUCUUGAUCGGUGAUUCUGGGGUCGGGAAGUCAUGUCUCCUCCUCCGCUUUGCGGAUGACACCUACACUGACAGUUACAUCAGCACCAUUGGAGUGGACUUCAAAAUCCGGACCAUCGAACUGGAAGGGAAGACGAUCAAGCUCCAAAUUUGGGAUACCGCAGGACAGGAGCGCUUCCGCACCAUCACCUCCAGCUACUACCGAGGAGCGCACGGCAUCAUCAUUGUGUACGACGUGACAGACCAGGACUCCUUCAACAACAUGCACCUUUGGCUGGAGGAAAUCAAUCGUUAUGCCAGCGAGAAUGUCAACAAGCUGAUUGUGGGGAACAAGAGUGACCUCUCCAGCAAGAAGGCAGUAGACUACACAACAGCCAAGGAAUACGCAGACUCCCUUGGGGUGCCCUUCCUGGAGACGAGCGCCAAGAACGCCACCAACGUUGAGCAGGCCUUCCUCACCAUGGCGGCGGAGAUCAAGAACCGCGUGAGCAGCGGACCCACCCAGAACGACUGCCACAAGCCCCGCCUCCACAUCCAGAGUGGCCCCCUGAGGCAAGGAGGGGCUGGCAAGGGAGAAGAGGGUGGGGGAGGCUGUUGCUAGGGGAAGAGCCACACACGGGACCAAGCGGACGGUUCAGGAGGUGUGCCGGGGCUAACGACUCUUGGGUCCCAGGAGCAGCCAUGGGCAAUGGGGGCCUUCCAUUCACAGCAUCCCAACGUACCUCCACGGAUUCGGGAACGCAUGGUGGACCACCUGUCCUGCUGGAAAAUGCUGCCUCAGUCAACCUGCAUUUGCUUCAUUCAUCCCUCCCCACCCAUCAGACUCAAAAGAUCCAUUUCUGUUCAGCAACCACCCCCUGACCUGGUGCAUCAACCUUGCUCAUCCAGUCAGUGCUUCUGGGAGUCCCAUGGGGCAAUGCGCACGUGAACGUACAGGAAGUUGCCUUCCAAUGAAUCAGACCGUCAGUCCAUCAUGGGUCUCAGGAGGAGAAAGGUCUUUCGCAUCACCUGCCGCCAGAUCCUUUGGAGAUGCCAGGAAUUGAAUCUGGGACCUUCUACAUGCCACACAGAUGCUCGGCCACGGAGCCACGGACCUCCCUACACUGAACAGGCUGCUGCCAAGUGGCAUAGCAGAAAGGGCCUGCAAGAGACUUUUGUUCCUGUUUGACUCGUCCGGAAUUUCUACCCACGCCUGGAUCUGAGCAGCGUGGCCUCCACGUCUGAGAUGCAGGCCUCCCUCACAAAGCUGCUUUUUAAAACAAGGAGUCUUUCGUUUCAUUGUUGAAGGGUGCUGGAUUAAGUCAGAAGGACCGGUUUCCUCAGCCACCCCCCAACCCCAAACAUGCUUUCAAUGUUAUUAUUGCCUGCUAGCCCUGUGGAUGUAACAUGCACUAAAAACUUAAAAUUGGUUUCACACCACUAGCCAUGAUUCCUAA